AUGCAUAACCAUUCAAUGUCCACCAGUUCAUCGUCUACAGCAGCCUCAUCUUCUCCCUCACCAGCAACAAAAUCUCAAGAUGAUAAUGAAACAAAACCAAAUAUACAACAAUUAUUGCAACAAACAAAUGAAAAAGCUUCACUCUCAGGUGUCUCUUCACUACCUUGUAUCGAGUCAUCUGCUACACAAAACUAUGCUCUUCUAUUACCGGUACAAUCAUGUCAUACACCGAAAUUAGAAAAUAAUUCAACUAAUAUGCCAAUAUGUUAUUACGAUCCAACAAAUAAUACAACAAUGUUUAUGCCACAACAGCAACAGCCGCUACCUUAUGAUCCACAACAACAACAAAUGGUCAUGAUAGACGAUCAAAAUAUGAUUGCUGAUAAUGGUCAACAAUCCGGUUCAAAAACGACGAAUGAUAUAACACGUCGAAACAACGCACCAACAAAACCACCUUACAGUUACAUUUCACUAAUAACAAUGGCUAUACAACAUUCGAGUAGUGGUAUGGUAACAUUAAAUGAUAUUUAUACGUUUAUAAUGGAAAUAUUUCCGUACUAUCGUCAAAAUCAACAACGAUGGCAAAAUUCAAUUCGACAUAGUUUAAGUUUUAACGAUUGUUUUGUGAAAGUUCCAAGAGGACCUGAUCGGCCUGGAAAAGGUUCUUAUUGGGCAUUACAUCCUGACGCUGGUAAUAUGUUCGAAAAUGGUUGCUAUUUACGUCGACAAAAGCGUUUUAAAUGUACUAAACAAGCGUCAAAUAAAUCUCGAGCACAUAAUUCGAGAAAUACGACGAAUAAUAUACCAAAUACGAACAAUAAUAUCAAUAAUAACACUCAAGGUAAUCGUAUAUCAUCCGAUACAAUGAGUAAUAAUGAAUCAAGUGAAGAGUCUGAAUCAGAUGGUGAUGACGAACAUAUAGAUGGUUUAGAUCAUCCAUCACAACUUGUUAAUCAACAAAAUUUUUCACAAAUAUUUCCUCAACAACAAUCGUCGGAAACACAUUUUCACAGUAAUAAUACUAAUUCGGAACAUCUAACGCGAACAUCACCUCAUAUCACAUUUAAUAAUUCAAAAUUAACGAUAAAUCAUUUUCCAUCAAAUGCUAAACUAAUAUCAGAUCCAAAACAUAAUGAGCAAAAUUUGAACGGAAAAACAUUGCUUGUAUCACCAUCGUCAUCUACUAAAACGAGUGAACUAUGUCAGUCUGUUCCUCAAUCACCGCCAGAAAAUGGACAGCAUGGAUCUCUACCACGUGGACAAUCAUUACUUUAUGGUCCAAAUUCUGAUUCAACAAGCGAUUCAGCCGAUGAUCGUUUAUCAUGUUAUUCAUCGACAACGAGUAAUCCCAUUCAACAUCAUAUUAUUCAUCCACAUACAAUUAUUCCUGUUAACUAUUUAGAACAAAAUGUACUCAAAGAAACUGAAUGUACAUCCGUGUAUCUUGAAUUACAACCAUUUAGUAAUGGUUGUGGUGCGCCAGCUACAAGUACUGUUUAUGCUGCUGAAUAUCCAAAUACAUAUUAUUCUUUACCACCUGGAGUUGUGGCAACUCGAACGGGUACGAAUACUUGUCUUGUGACGCGUGAACAUGCAUAUAAUACCUACAAUCCACCGCCACCAUCAUCAACGGGAGCUUAUUUUUACAAUACAUUUCCAUCUCCCACCGAUUAUACACCACUAAUUGAAGGAGCUUCUAUAGCUCGACUUUAG